GGGCGCGCGGCGAUGACGUCAGUGGCGCGCCGCCGGUGCCGCCGCCGGUGCCGGGCAUGGCCCAGCUCGGCGCCAUCGCCGCGCUCGCCCUCGGCGUCGCGGCCGCCGCGCUGCUCUCGGCCGUGCACAAGAUCGACGAGGGGCACAUCGGCGUCUACUACCGUGGCGGCGCGCUGCUGACCUCCACCAGCGGGCCCGGUUUCCACCUCAUGCUGCCCUUCAUCACGUCCUACAAGUCAGUGCAGACCACGCUGCAGACGGACGAGGUGAAGAAUGUCCCGUGCGGCACCAGCGGGGGAGUGAUGAUUUAUUUCGACAGGAUCGAGGUGGUGAAUUUCCUCAUCCAGAGCGCGGUGUACGACAUCGUCAAGAACUACACGGCUGACUACGACAAGGCUCUCAUCUUCAACAAGAUCCACCACGAGCUGAACCAGUUCUGCAGUGUGCACACACUGCAGGAGGUGUACAUCGAGCUGUUUGAUCAAAUUGAUGAAAACCUUAAACUGGCCUUGCAGCAAGACCUAACCACGAUGGCCCCUGGGUUAAUUAUACAGGCAGUUCGAGUUACGAAGCCAAACAUCCCUGAAACGAUCCGGAGGAAUUACGAGCUCAUGGAGAGUGAGAAGACAAAGCUGCUGAUAGCGGCGCAGAAGCAGAAGGUGGUGGAGAAGGAGGCAGAGACUGAGAGGAAGAAAGCUCUGAUCGAGGCAGAAAAGAUUGCACAAGUUGCUGAAAUAACUUAUGGACAGAAAGUGAUGGAAAAGGAAACAGAGAAGCGAAUUUCAGAGAUUGAAGAUGCUGCAUUUCUUGCACGAGAGAAGGCGAGAGCUGAUGCUGAGUGUUACACUGCCAUGAAGGUGGCUGAGGCCAACAAGCUCAAGUUAACUCCCGAGUACUUGCAGCUGAUGAAGUACAAGGCAAUUGCAGCCAACAGCAAGAUCUACUUUGGCAAAGAUAUUCCCAACAUGUUCAUGGACUCUGCAGGGAGCCAGACCAAAUCUGCAGAGGGACUGGCAGAAGGAAUCCAAGAGGAAGACGGGGCAGGAGCCAGCGAGGACACAAAACUACUUCAUAACAUCAACUGAAAAGGAAGAUUUCUAUUCAUUUUAUAUCAACAAACUAAUGAACUGGGAAAUUCCUUUUAGUUUUCCCCCUUUCCUGUGCUGAAAGAGAUGAAUCAGAUUUAAUCCUUUCAAUCUUUUAUAUGACCAUUAGAUACAAGGACUUUGGUAUUUAUGGGGUGGGUUUUCUGGUCAUUUCUAAGCUGCUGUGUUCUGUAGCUGCACCUCCCCAGCUCUUGGUCACCCAGAGCAAGGGUUUGGGAGAGGCUGUCAGGGCUAUCAGCUGGGUGGGAACCUAAUUUGGGAUUGAGGUGGUUCAUAGCAGUUGCAGGUAAAGAAAUGUUGAGGUUUUGGAGGGAGGGGAAUUGCUGCUACAACUUGUUUUGGGUUUUUUUUCUUACUGAAAAUUUCACGUACUUUAUUUCAAUCCUCUCUGAAGAUAAGGUGCUAGAUUUUGUACAUUACAUCCAAGUGGCUGCUCGAGGCUGGGGCCAGUGGCCCAUGGCUGCUGAGCCCACAUGAGGUGACCCCACGAGGACAGAGGCUCAGCUGGAGUCCUGCAGGUUCCAACCCACGGGGGGAUCGAAGCCUUAGACCACGUCACGCAGGGAGUGACCCAAACUCUUCAUUUGCUGUGUCCUGACUCUGCUUUGCUUUCCAUUUGUCGUGUUUUUGUAGGAGAGUUGUCCCAGCAGUUCAGCUGCUGGGGGAGGGCAUGGGCAGCAUCCUGGAGUGCAGAGCUGGGUGGGAUUUUCAGUGAAAUGAUGGAAAUUUUCACAGAAGACCAGGGAGGAAAGAAUUUUUGUCUCAGGGACCCUGACUUUACAAAAGGCCUUGCUGGGGAGGAGCUGCUGGAGUGACCAGACAGUUUUUCAGUCUGUUGUCUGCUCUGUGGGAGCAGCUGGAUCUCAGUGUUUACAGUGUCUGACUAGAAAAAGGACCUGCAGGUGAGCAGAGCUGAGCUCCUGUGGCGUUGGGGCUGAAUGGACCUCGAGGAAAGGAGAUUUCCCACUGGCCAAGGACAAACCAUGAUCCUGAAAGGUCACAGGGCAGAGAAAAGCAGCUCUUCCUGAACUACCCAAAGAAGGAUUCCCCUUUUUCUCUGAGAACAAUGUUCCAGAAUGUAUCUUCCCCUCCAGAGAGCUGGUCAGUUCUUCACAUCCCAGAUGCAAGGAGGGAACAGGGCGUUGUUUUCCGCACAUGCAGAAUUGGAGGGUAAAAGUCCAGGCCUAGAGAGAACAUUUUUUUCCCUACCCAAUCCAUCUGCAUUUGACAGCAGAGCCUGGUGAUUAAUUGCUGAUGUAAUUAGAGGCCAGCAUCCUCUUCUGAGGUGAUGCCAGUGUUCGUCAGAGAGCAGCCUGGUGCAUUCACAGGCUCGUGCCCCCCAUUCCUGCUCCCCAGUGCCCCUGGUUUCACCCUUCAGUGUUCAAACUUUCAUCACUGUUGCUCUGAGGGAGCUCGCUGACUCUCAGCUGCUGGCUCCAGGGUUUUUACAGCAGUUUUAUCUUCCCUGUUGAUGAUUGAAAAUGCAAAAUAGAAAUGAAGCAUCAGUUUCUGCUGGAGAAACUGAUUUUUUUUUGUAUUUCUGCUGGAGAAACUGAUUCUCUUUGUAUUUCUUGGAAAACAGGGACUAAGGGAAUCCCAUUUCCAGACCUACAUCAGACCCAACAGCAUCCCCAGGGAGGCUGUGAUAUUCCUGACUCAUAAAUAGGUCUGUGCAGGCACAUCAUAACAGGGAAGAGCAGAAGUUUAGCCAUGAGGAUGAGCUCACUUGAGACUGUUCUAUGUUCGUGUUCGAAGUUUCCGUCAGCAAUUAACCCCUCCUUUUACACAAGUAUUUUUCACUAAUGAAAGGAUCCUACUAAGCCAAAGUGGUAUUAUAAAGACUUUUUUUUAUGUGUGAUUUCACAGCAAGACCAUAGCUUGGGAUAAAGAGCUCUUAAUAAUUUUUUUUAAUUAAAACCCUGACUGCUAAAGUAUUAGUGUAAUUUAGUUAAGUUGUACUAAGAGUAAAAAAACAAAAGCGAAGUUGAGAGUGUAUCGGUCUUCACAAGCCAAAAUCCAUUGUUGUGUCUUCAUUUGAGUUUCUUCACUCUAAAAUGUCCUGAAUGUUCCAGAGUGGCUCAGUCUCUCCAUGUAAACCUUCAUUCCUCUGUCUCUUUAGCAGGCAAGUUGUGCUGUUUCUCUAACCUUGAGAUGAAGAGCUGAACUUUAAACCCACUCUGUAGCAAAAGGAGCAGAGAUCUGUGGCACUGCUGAUACCUGGGAGCAUGGAAAUGCUCUGCCAGUGCCAUCUUUGAUUUUCUUAUGUACCGAAUUCAAAGCCUUUUUAUUUUGGUAUUUGCUAUGACAAUAAAAUGGCCUUCAAUUUUAGAAUUCUCCAA